AUAUCUAUUUGUAAUGGUUAGCUUCCAUGGCAAGAAAAAUAUAUUUGAGGCAAGGAAUUGGAGUUGGUGGGUUUCAGAAGAUUUAUGGUGGGCGCAAGAGAAACGGGAGUCGCCCACCUCAUUUCUGUAAGAGCAGCGGUUCUAUUACCCGUCACAUCCUCCAACAGCUUCAACAGAUGAACAUUAUUGACAUUGAUCUGAAAGGUGGGAGGAGAAUCACUUCCAGUGGUCAGCGGGAUCUCGAUCAAGUUGCUGGUCGGAUUGUUGUCACUCCUUAAGUAGUAGAGUUUUUUCAGCAUGCAUUUAUAUUUUGGAGCUUCUGUAGGGUGUUCUCAAAUGACUUUGUAGGUUCUUGAUUCAAUGGUUUCUGAGCCUUUAUGAGGGUUAAUGAUAUAUUGAGGCUUGUUUUGUUUGGUGAGCUGACAAGUGUACAUUCAAAUGACAUGAUAUACAUGGUUUGAAAUUGGGUUAUGUUA